AUGGCGCAAAAUACACUCAGACAAGAUGUCGAUUUUCAAGGAUUAUUCAGAAAGCUUGGCCAUAAUCUAGAAGAGAUCAGAGUUCGAGCUUUAGAAAAUAUUUUAUCAAAAUUAAAACACAAUCUGAUCUGUGAAGCUGAUUUGAUCCAUGAAAGACAUCUUUUUAUACGUCUGCUGGAAUGGUUUAAUUUCCCAAAAUCAACACAACAUGAAACUGUUUUGAAUUUAAUUAGAGAUUUAUCUCAGCACACAUCAGCUAUAGAGAUCCUACAAGGUAUAGGUGGUGUAGAGUUUUUAUCUCAGUUACGGUCUAAUAUCACACUCAGUCUUCAGCCUAUUAUAGAUCAGAUACUAGAGAAUAUUCUACGUCUACCUACAGCCUCAACUAAUCAACACGCUCCAGAAUGUAUUUAUCAUAGACCUGCUACUGACAGUGCUAAUGUGACCCAGCAAUCUGUCCAAUCAAGCUGUACUAGUCACAGUAAUCGUAGUACACCUACUAAUAUCACUCAACAAACAGUAGUUGUAAACACAGACAAGAUAGAUGUAUUAGAAGAACCUCAACCAAGAUAUUUUACUAAUGGAGAUCCCCUGGACAUAGGCAAUGCUCCUCCCACUGGAUUCCGUUUGACAGCAUUUCCAUGGUUACCAUUAACGCCAACAGACAGACAUGUUUUGGAAUCGACCAAUAAAUCUUUACAAAGUCGAGAUGCCAAGAUGUUGGCGAGUUCCUGUGAAUUUCUGAGUGAUGUCGUGUUUCAGGAUUUUCCCUCGGAAAUAUUUCUCCAAAGGCCACAAGUUGUCAAAAGCUUAUGGUCGUUGCUUCAACCCAGUAAAGAUAAGAAAUAUGAUCUAUCUACCCAAGCUGCUGAAACUUUGUGUGAUUUAUCACGAUGUCUACGAUCACGAAUCCAGUUUUAUCACGACCCUGCUUUAUAUACUCCUAAACAAGACUUUCUGUUCCCCUCUCCGCCAUCAUUUUCUACUGGAGUUAGUGGUGGUAGUUCGGCAGGUUUGUCGUCUGAUGUAAGAAGUGAUCUGAUUGGUUGGAACGAUACCAGACAGCGUGGUGAUGGCCAUGAUGGGGAUACAUCUUCUAGCAGAUCUUCAACAAGUCUAGGAUUCGAUGGUGAGAGAUCACGAGAAGAAACAGAUCAGAAUGAACGACAGUCGUUACAAUAUCAUCAACUAUAUUUACCUCAGUAUUGUCUUAACACCAUGAUUAAAUCUCUACCAUUACUACAGACCACAGACGUUACAAAGGCUGUUAAAGUUUUAAAUCUCUUACAUCAAGUUCUGAAUAUAUUUACUGAAAUAUUAGGUGAUAUUUGGUCUGAUGACAGCCAAAUGACUCGAGAUACAACAGAGAAAUUUGAAGAAUGUUUGUUGAAUGUAGCUAUAUUAUUAGAGUUCCACUACCCUGAUGUUAAUGGUAAUAAUACUAAACAUACUGUAACAGUACAUAGACUGAUAUAUAUUGGUAUCUCUCAUUUACUUGUCAAAAUGGUGGUCCUAAUACCUAGAAAUAAGUGUUGCAGUAUAGUACCAGAGAGACUGAAGGCUUGGAUUGGAGCUGUGAUUUUUGACGAGAGUUUAGCUGAUAGUUAUAGGUACAUACGGACUACUUUACUACCGUAUCUACAGGAAGUUGAUACACAGAACUAUCACAAAUAUCACUCCGCCUCUAGAAUCUGUCACUCCAUGCAGCAGACAUGUCAGUUUGUACAGGCUGUUAAAAAUGGGGGUCAUGUAGCUGCUGAUAUUAUCACCAUGGCAACAGAAUCUAUCCCUAGUCUCCCGUAUCACCAGUAUUUACCAAUGAUUACAGAUCUAAUACAGUUUACAGCCAAUCAUAUAGGAAACAGAAUGCAACCUGAUAAUAGUUUAAUGACAGUCUCGAGAAAGAUAAUAUUAAAAUUACUGGCUCAUCCUUUAGACAGUGUUAAACUGUUUACAUAUAAAACAAUACUUAAUCUUAUACAGUCAGUAUUAAAUGUAAAAGAAGCUGCCACCCCCCUAUCAAGAUCCUGUCUACAAGCCCAGUUUAUACUAGACCCUGACAUUCUCUAUCAACUGGUUGUGUUUGGUUUGAAUGAUUCUCAUAAACAGAUAUCUAACCACGCCAACACCCUACUAUAUCACCUAUUAAACAGUAGAUAUACCAUGAAUGAAGAGAUGUGGUCCUGUUUGAUUCAAUCAUUAUACAGAUCGUUCCCUGUACUACAGUCAUAUUGUGAUAUGUCAAGUAAACUGGGCCAGAAGAUCUGGACUAUAUUAGAUCCUAGAUCAUCCAGUGAAUUAAUAUCGUUACAAGAUAAAUUACGUGGCUGCCUUCGUCUUCUCUUCUCUCAUGAUUUACAAGUUCGUACUAGAGUAUUGGAAAGACUUUCUUGGUUUCUAACCAAUGAAACAGACAGUACCAAUAAGAUACCAGUCUUCUCUGAACUGGAUGUUAAAGACUUGUGUGAUGUUUUGAUUGUCAAGACACCUAGAAAUAUAGAAGAAAAUAUAGGCCGCUCAGUAUUCCAGGUUGAUAGUUUAAAACAAGUAUAUAAUAUAUUUACAUCAUCACCUGUGGAUCCUGGUGUGAAAAAAUCAGCAGCAGAUCAACUAGCUAUAAUGUUACAAGAUUCAAAUUUACACAGAGCAUUUAAAGAAGUUGGUGGUUUAGAAGUUGUGUUAGAUAUUUUAACAAAAAGUGUCCAGAAAAACACAGAUUCUGAGCCUGUAUUACCUAACUAUCUACCAGCUUGUAUUACUAUGUUACGAUUACUACUUCACCAUGACUACACGCUACAUCAUAACCUGUCACAUGACCAUCAAAUAUACUAUACGUUGAUCAGAGCUGCUCUCCUGUAUAUGAAGGAUGAAAAGACACAUUAUGACGUCUGCCAUAUUCUAACGUUGUUACUGUUCGAUGAAAUUUCUAAAUUUGAUGUCAGUAAUUCUAAAUCAGCGUUUACACUGCCAACUGUCUUGACUAAAAGAUUCAAACUUCCAUUUAAACCAACUUGUCAUCAUGAAACCAGCCCCAAUAGAGUAACCUUGACCUUUGACCCGGACCCUCUGACUACUGGUGUUGCCAUGGAGAAGUUGAAAAUAUCGUGGAAUAUAGCAUGGAAUGAUGGGAUUGAUAAAUUGUUGGAUUUGAUGAAAAUGGAUAAGAAGAAUGGUGAAACUGAGCCAGAGUUUUCAGCAGCAUUAAAGCUGACAACUCUAGACAAAUGUCUGAUUAGGACAACACAUCUGGAGUCUGGUUUAAAAUCCGGAGUUUACGAUAUUUCUAACGCCACGUCUCACCGAGCCGUUAUUGAGAGUCUCAGCAAUCUAUUGGUUAACGUCACUAUGGGUCAAGGGUCACAGGCUGUGUACAAAUUACAUCAAUUUGAUUGGUGGACACCUUUAACAAGAUUUUUAGAAGUGACUCCAUCUUCAGUACCUGAUGAAGAAUUAUUGUUGAAGAUUUUGGGAUUUAUUACACAUUUAAUGAAACUGACCAAUCAGGUUCCAGAUAACAUAUUAACAUGGCUUGGUGAACGAUUGUAUCAAGCUACAGGUCCUCUGAUUGGUUUAUUAAAUAGGUCACCAGGAAAUGAACCAUCGGAUACAGAAGAUGAUUUAGCUGUUUUGAGAAGGUUGUUAGAUAAGACAUUACUGAGAUUUAUUUCUAUUUUUAACUCUAAGUUACCAUACCAACUUACUAGAAGAUUCAGUAUGCAUCAAAUGAGAGGAGAUAUUGUCCGUGAAUUAUUUCUACGUUUAAACGUAACUGAUGCCCCACAUUUCUACAACCUGGCUUCUCUAGAAGGAACUUUAACAUCUCUGAUGCACAUCACCUCCAGACCUGGUUGGAGUGAAGAGUGUUCUAGCUUAGAUGGUCCUGGUUUAUCAUCUAGAUUACUUAAUUCAUUAUUAGAGGUUGUUUCAGCAUUUCAUAUUGGACGAGGAGGGACAUUAAUGUCCUAUAUGGGGAAGGGAGUAACUAAAUCAGCUACACUGUGUUUACGUCAUCUAGCUUAUGAGAUGCCUAUAGUUACUCAUACUAAUGAUUGGCAGAAGAAUUGGUUAUAUUCCAGGCAAGGUGCUGAUGCUGUGGGGGAACCAGGUUUAAAUUGGAUGUUAACAUUAUGGGCAUACAGAGAUCCAGAGGUACGAGCAGCCGGGUUAGGUAUAGCAAUGGCGUUAACCUCGACUGAAGCAGGAAGAAUCAUGAUGACUAAUAACUGUAAACAUAUACCAGGUGGUAUCUGGGGUGCUGUGUUUACAAUACUACUCAAUCAUAGUGAAUGUAGUAUAGUCCGACAACAGGCAGCUCAAGUGUUGGUAAAUCUAACAUCUCAGACUAUGCCUAGUGGAAAUAUUGAAUCUAAAUCUACUAGUAGUAAUAAAUGGCAGGGACCAGUUGUAACGGAUGAGGAAUUCCAGUUGACUCUAGUUGGUUUACCUGCAUUAUUAGCCUUAUUACAUCAUAGUAACUUUUACCAACAAAUGGUAGUCUUACUGUCUAAUUUCUACCCUUACGCUUCCGUUCAAACUGUCAACGUUGAAAUGGAGACUAAUUUAAAACAGAAUAUAGAUACAGAUCAUGUUUCAACAUCAGGAGAUAGUACCAGUGCUUCCAUUCCAACCUUCUCCUUCGCUACAUCACAACAUUUUACUAAUCGUUCCCAGCGAUUAUCAUUCGGAACUGUUACACCAGAAUCUACCAAAUCAUAUGGUGCCAGUGAAACUACAGCAACGACCUUGACCCCAGAGUCAGGUGAUUUUACAGAAGAACACAGUGUAGUGACGCCAUGUUUAGUUUCCGCGGUUACCAGACUAUUACGUAAUUUAGUUAUAUUAGCUCCUCAAGACACCUUUACAUCUUUAAAAAGAGACUCGUUUAUACAGAUAUUCCUCAGUAUGAUGGAUAUUUCUAUAGUCCAGUCACUUUGUAAGGAUCUUCAGUCUGGAUUAUCCAGUAACCAGACUCAGUUGGUGUUAAGAGACUGUAUACAUAUGUAUGAUGGUAUAGUGGAACUGUUUAGAGUUUGUGUAGUUUAUGAUACUCCAAUACGUAAUGAUAUAAUAAACAAUCUGGACUCACUACAGGCUAUAUCAUCUUUAUUAGUACUGGAAUGUGAAGGAAACACUGAUAUAUUCUCAUGUUGUAGUAAAUUAUGGAGAACUAUAUUUUUAUUUUUUACCUCGUUACUACAAGUUCAAGGUUCCACAACCCUUCAUUCCUUAACGUCAGUUUUCACUGAACUCUGGCCAGCUAUAACAGACACGUGUGUGAAUAUAACACGAGUGUAUGUAGAUGAAACUAAAGAUCUAUAUAUCUCAUGUUUAACGUUCCUAGCCGUGUUAUUUAACGAGGAGGCGAAACGUUAUUAUCGAUCAGCUGAUUCAGACCAGAUAACUCUGGUUGAACUUCUCAGUCAAAAUACCAUGUCACGUAAACAAGGAAAAGAGACAAGUCUGUGUUCAACAGGAUCACGAUUAACAAAGGUUUUGAUUGGUUUAUAUGAGAAUAAUUGUACUAAACCUAAAGAUAUUAACCAAUCAGCAGAGAGGGUACUUAUUGUCAAUGUUUUAAAGUCAUUAUUAGCUAUCUCACUCUCGGCUAAAGAAACAGCUUUAGAAAAUGGGUUGGCAGAGAAUUUACUAGAGAAUAUAAAACAGACUCAUUCUAAAUUAAACCUAGAAUCAGUUACCCCUGCUAAAAAUUUAACCAAGAAAAAAGAAGAUCCAUUGUUACAAGAGAUCAUCUUGACUUUUGAUCUGUUGAGAAAUUUUAUGUGCCAGAAUUCAGGAGUGAAGACUGCGUGUUACCAUAGUGAUUUGAGUUGUAUUUGUCAUAAGUUAUGGAGUUGGUGUCUGAUCGACCCACAUCUGAUGUCGGCCAUGUUGAAUUUAUUAACUACAUACACUGCUCAAUGUUCAACAGCUACUAGUUCCCUAGCGUAUACCAGUCCUACAAGUCUGACACCAGCAGUUCCAGGCAAAUCUCAACUCAGCUCCAACUCACUAGUUCAUUGUGUAAUAAAACUGGGUAGUAAGGAGUUGGAGAAAGAAUCGUCAGCCGUCUUGAAAUCUAUUUUUAGUUUAUUAUGUAACAUUGUCAUGUCUCCUGAGGGUAGAAACAUACUGUGGAAGUGUAAUAUAUUAAGUGAGUUCACACAGUUAAAUCCUAAGAAAAGUAAGAAAUCUGGAUCACGAGGUAAACAGAAAGAGACUGUAGAUGUACUGUGGUUAGAGUUAUUAAUUAAUUUAUCAUUUACUACUGAUGGCCAGCAGAUUAUCUUUAAAGUUCACGGAGCUGUAGACCUGUUGUUAGAUUUUGUAGAAUUUGGCAGCCAGAAGACGUCAGAACAAGCCUUGUUAAUUCUGCGUAAUCUAUCUUGUCAUACGUCAAAUAAACCCAAAUUAUUGGCCAAUGAGAAGUUAAUACCUUAUAUAUUAAAAGUGGUAGAAACAGGCUGUGAAAGAAGUAAAACAAUCGGGGCCUCAGCGUUAUGGGCUCUUAUUUAUAAUAAUCAGAAGGCUAGAGUAUUGAUGAAGAACGCCAAUAUUUUACCAAAGUUAAAAGAAUCGUUAUAUACCAGUAGUACAAUCACCAACAAAACUUCAGAAAGUGAAAAAUGGUCUCAAGAACUUAAAAAUAUCAUCAAUUGUUUAAUAGAAUGAAGUCACAUUUUCUGGGAACUUUCAAUUCAAUUAAAAUAUGGACCCAUUGACUGCAGUAUUAUGACAAUUUAUACAGGAUUUUCACCAACUCUUAUGAGGCUUUUUGGAUAUAACAAUUGAUAAGGCGGUCCUUGGUGUGUUAAUGCAUUCGGUUUACUUACACAUAUGCAGUGUAAGUGGCAAUUUCCUUUUAUUUCAUCAUUUCAUUAAUGACUUUAUUCCUUUCUUUUUGUUAUUGAAUUUUGAAACAUGUAAAAAUGUAUAUUAUUUAUAUUCAUAGUGUUUGUAAUUUUC